UCUCCAUCUCUGUUGUCUGAAUAAUAGGAGACAGAGCUGGUUUUGGCGUUGACUUUCACUAGUGUCGUGUGCAGAGGACUUUAGUGGGACCAGUGGCAUCGUCUGUAAAGCAACGGCGUUUUUGGUUCCUUACCCCGGUAAACCUUCAGGGGGCUUUCUUUGCAUUCAUUUGUUCAGUCUGCUGCAAGUCUCUGGAAAACAUCUAAUUCGUUUUAUAACCAACCCCAGAUGCGACAGUGUGUGUGUGUGAGAGAGAGAGUGUGUGUGUGUGUAUGCGUGUGUGUUCGCCCGUGCUUGAGAGAAAGGGGGUCUUGCUGCAAGGGGAAAAGGAGAACGAAGAAACAAACGGUUUGGAAAUUUUCGAUUCAAACGUAGUUUUUUUUUUUUUUUUUUAGGAAUGAACGCAGAUACGUGCGUUUCAUACUGUGAUAUGACAUCCAUGGAUUCAUAUUAUAACUCGCCUUCGCCACACGGUAGGGAUCAACCAUCGGAUCCCUUCAGAAUAUUCCAACCGAGUGAAACCAAAUACAACCCAACGUUCCUACUUAAAGGACAACAGGGUUACGAGGAGAAGUCUCGGAGUCCUUUCCAACAGGAGUGCCAGUCACUGGAUGACGGCACAGAGGAGGGCAACAACAACUUCAAUAAAUACCACCUCUUCAUGCAACGACCGACUUGCAAAACACCCCCGGAAGGCGAGAAACUCCACCAGGAAAGCGGAGGACACAACGACGCGCUCAUCCCCUGCUAUGCCAAAGACAACGGCGGUCUAACCGAAUCUGAGCUGACACCGAACACCGACUCUCCCGGGAUGGAAGGUUCCUACCUAAACCUGAAGGAACCAGGGUUAGGGGUCAGAGGUCAGGGCUCCGACCACCUCUCCAGUCUCGCGGACAAGGGGAGCGAGGCAGCAGACAGCAACAAGGGAAAGAAGAGACGUAACCGCACAACGUUCACCUCCUACCAGCUGGAGGAACUAGAGAAGGUGUUUCAGAAGACACACUAUCCUGACGUCUACGUUAGAGAACAACUGGCGUUGAGGACCGAUCUGACAGAGGCUAGAGUACAGGUGUGGUUCCAGAACCGGCGUGCUAAGUGGAGGAAGAGGGAGAGGUUUGGUCAGAUGCAGCAGGUCAGGACUCACUUCUCUACUGCCUACGAGCUACCCCUCCUCACCAGGCCAGAGAACUACACACAGAUCCAAAACCCAUCAUGGCUAGGUGGGGGCAGCGGUGUCUCUCCUGUACCCGGCUGUGUGGUGCCCUGUGACGGGUCAGUCACCUCCUGCAUGCCUCCCCACCCCCAUGGAGGGGUCUCCGACUACCUAGGCGUGCCCAGCCCGGGCGUAGUGGGGCAUGAGGGUCACAUGGGACAGACACACAUGGGAAGUCUCUUUGGUGCUGGAGGAAUGGGCGGAGGUGGUGGGGGUCUCAAUGGUUACGACCUGACCUGUGUCGACCCAGACAGAAAGUCUUCUAGUAUCGCGGCGCUGCGUAUGAAAGCGAAGGAACACAGCGCUGCCAUCUCCUGGAACACAUGAUGCUAUGGGAUUGUUCCUGGGUCUGGCCCCACCCUGGA